CUACGCACAAAGGUCAAAGUUGAAAUUCAGAGGUGACGCAACUAUCCUUGUAACGCUAAUGGUGGAUGAUGCCAUAGACAUCAAGAUGUCUGUGGAUGAUACAACUGGAGAAGGAAGGAUUAGUAGUCAGUCAGUCAGAAUGAGAUGAAUCUUACGGACACGUAGCCGAUCAACCCUUCCGCCCAGGAGAUGUCAUUUGUGGGCGUCAAACCCGCGACCUGGUCGGUGUCUUUACACAAGCUGUGGAGGCAUCGUCUUCACCGCUUUGUGAACACUGGACCAGAAUCUGCUCCUCCUGUUCUCAAAAGCUCAUCUGAGGAGCCAGCUGCCUCAGCGCUGAGGGACAGAUCCUCUCCUCAGUCUCCUGAUCAGGGCCCUCCACCUCCACCCACGCACUGCUGCAUGAGCGGCUGCCAUAACUGCGUUUGGAUUGAAUAUGCGGAGCAGCUGCUGAAGUAUUAUCAGAAUGGAGGCGACAGAGCACUCGCUGCUGUUGAGGAGAGUGUUCUUGAUGAAAGUCUAAAAGCUUACCUCAAGAUGGAGAUCCGACGUCUAAAAAAGACGUGACAUUUCACUGAGAGCAGAUCUGUGUUUCUGACGGACCCUUUUCACCACCAUCAGGUUUUCACUCCUCGUUUCAGAGAAAAAAUUAAGACCUAAUUGUCUCUUUUUCUUCAUGCCAGAUUUUUAUAACAUGCUGCUGUAUUUAAACAUCUCAGUAGUGCUGCUGAAAUUAAGUAAAAACUCUGGACCCAUCAAAGAUUUUAAUUAACCUUUUUUUAAUGAUCAGUUUGACAUUUGAAACUGCUGUACUUUAAUUUCUUUGUACUUGAGUUAUACGUUUAAGAUUUCCAAUAAAAAGUUAUUGAAGUUUAUUUUUAUUUUAA